UUCGCAUUCGAAAAAAAAACUUUAAACUAAACGGACGACGCCGCUGACGGAAACGGCAAGGGCGGAUGAGUGUUGCGCGAGUUUAAUGGUUUUUUCGCUCCCGAAAAGCCAGUUUCACACAUUUCGUUUAAUAUAUUUUAAGAAUUUUUAACCAAAUCGACGCAGUUUCCGCCUGGUGAAAUGCAGUUGCAAGUGUAAUGUGCGGGAGUGGUGUGGAAUAAGGAAUAAGCGAGCAGGAAAAAAGUCACGCGUGUGAUGUGUUGUUGUGGCUGCUGCUUCGAAACGCAAAGCAAAGAAAAAGUCAAAGCCAAAAAGCAAAGUGCAAAAGGCAGUCAAAAAUUAACACCAGACAAGUACGAUAAACAGGCCCCGAAAUUCGGAAAAAAUUAUAAAAAAGUGUUAAGUGAAAUAAUGUGCAUUUAGAGGUGAAAUCGCGACGCAGAAGGCUCACAGCAGCGCCAGCAGAGGCAGCAGUCGCUAAACAUAUUGAACGCAGUGUGGCCAAGGCAGUUGAAGUAGUGCCGUUGUUGUUGGUCGUGUGUAUUUCUUUGUUUUGUUUGGUUUUCGUGGUCCCCCCACUCCGAAUCUCCUAUCUCGCUCACACUCGUUCGUUGCUGAGUGUUGUUGGUGCGUGCGUGCUGUUGUACUAGUGUGCAAGGACAACAAAAACGCACUUCAUUGGAAGAGGAAGCGAUUGAGAGCAUCAACAGCUGUGGCGGCGCUGCAACUGCAUCGCUCCUACAACAACAACAGCAACGAUGGACACAUUUCGCAAGUGGCUGAACAAACCCAAGGCUGAUGACAAGUCGCUGUUGGCGCGCUUUUUCCACGCUGAUCGCUCCCUCACGGCAGUGGCCAGUGAACUGGACAGCUUUGAUGGACGAGCGGAGCCGGAUCGAUGCUCCCGAUUGGUCAGCAGACUGCGACAGAAUCAGGACAAAGUGCUUUCGAUCACAAAUCUGAUUAUGGAGGAGCUGCUCGGCGAGGAUCGCGAUCCGCGUGCGUUUCGCGCCAAGUUCCCCGAGGAAGUGCUGCAGGAGAAUCUCGCUGGACAGCUGUGGUUCGGCGCCGAGUGCCUGGCGGCCGGCUCUUCGAUCAUGAAUCGUGAGGUGGAGAGCAAGGAGAUGCGACCGCUGGCCCAGGCCGUCACCAAGAGUCUGGGCAAUGUGCGAGUUCUGCUGAGGGAUCAGUGCCUGCGCAAUAAUGUGCCGAACAGCAAGACCCUCCACCUAGACCUCAAUGACUUCACCACGGAGCAGCUGUACGAGAGCCUGAAGAUCUUCGAUCGCCUCUUUGCCGAGUUCGAGCUGAGCUACGUGAGCGCCAUGGUGCAGGUGAAGUCGCGGCACGAGUACGAGAUGCAACAGUGGAUCGGCGUGCUCUUCUCGGAGACGCUGCAGCGUGCCCUGAAGAUUGGUCUGCUCGAUCAGGAUAUGGUGGAUGCCUUCGAUCCGGGUCUGAUGUUCUCCAUACCUCGCCUCGCCAUUGUGGCCGGCCUUGUGGUCUAUGCCAAGGGGCCGCUCGAUAUGGAUAUGCCUGGGGAUCAGCUGUCGGAGAUGUUUCGUCCGUUUCGCACGAUCCUCAUCAAGAUACGGGAUCUGCUGAGGAACCUCAACAACCAGGAGCUGUAUCAAUUGGAGAAACUUCUCUGCACCAAUGAGGAUAUCAACACAAAGGUGCCUGUGGGUUCGAGCAGCAUUGAGGCACCCACACCCGAGCAUAGCGACACAGCGACAACAAGCAGCAACAAUAACAACAGCAGCAACAGCACUGUCGGUGGUGUUGAUUCGGGAACUGUGGAGCGACUGGUAGAUCAGCGUAAUAACAACAACAAUCAGCAGAAUGGCAACGAAGCCACAACAACGUUGCCGACACGCUCUCCGUCCAUGUUGUCGCUAUCGGCCAGCAGUACGCCCACAGCAUCGCCGGCACCAUCGCCAACGCCCUCGCAUUCGAUUGCCUCCUCGACAUCGUCGGCUGUGAGCAGCAGCUCAACAAAUCCCCCAGCCGAUUGGUCAGAUGGCGAUGACGAAGACGAGGAGGAGGAGGAUGAGGAUGAGGACGAGGAUGAACUGGAGGACACAGAGGAUGAUACAGAUGAGGAUCAGCUGCUCAAGGACAUGGUGGCAGCCGACUGUGCCUCUGGGUAUCUGAUACCCAACACAAAUCUGGGAAAUCUACUGCAGCCGCAACAGGUUCCACUCACAGAUAACUUCGUGGCCAGCGAAGACGAUGAUGAGCACGGAACGGGUGACCAGCAGCCGGCGCACAGAGAGCAGGAUGAGGAGGAGCCCAGUACUAGUGCUGCACUGCAGCGGCUGUUUCUAGCCAGCAGCGAUGACAGCGAACCACACAGAGACCAAGGAGAGACAAUCAAAACGACAGAGGAACAAGGGCAACAGCAGCCGCAACAGACCCCACAGCAGACCCUCCAGAGCAGCCGACAACGGCAUAGUCACAGUCACAGUCACAGUCAUCGCCAUCAUCAUCGCCACCAUCAUCAUCAUCACCAUCAGACGACGCAGCCGCAGCAGCAGCAUCCGCACCCACAUCACCAUCAACCGCAUCCACAUCGUCUGACACGCAGCGGACGUAAGCGUUGCAGCAUUGAGGCCAGCGUGGAGGUGGAGCAGCAGGAGCAGGGUCUGGCCAGUGGCGACACCAGUGCCGCAUCUUCGCUCUCAGACGAUGUGUCGCUGGCGAUGCGCAACACCACAGCACGGCUAAAGUUCAAGAGCACCGAGAACCUGCUGCAUCGACUGUUUGUUUGCAUUGCCGGCGUGGCCGAUCAGCUGCAGACAAACUUUGCCUCGGACCUGAGGCAGAUAUUGCGCAGCGUAUUCCUCAUGAAUAUGUCGUCUGUGGAGGAGGAGCAGAUCGAGAUACCGGAAAAGACAAAGGAGUCGGAGCUGUUUGAGUUCCGUGCCUCCGAAAAUGAUGUGAUACAGGAGAGCGCCGGCUCCAAUCAAAGCAUUUACUCAGCCGAGGAGGUUAACCCGGAGCUGGACAAUGUGUUCAGCGCUGGCAAUCGCCACUCUGCCGGCGCCACAAUGCAGCGCAACAACACCAUCGAUAAUCCGAGCAGCAGCAACAGCAGCAGUUCCGCCACGACCCGUAACCAUGUGACGCGUAGUCGGAGUCUGGGUGAUCAGCAGGAGACUGUUGCCAGGAGCAUGCCAGCGGCAGUGCAGCAGCAGCAGCAGCAGGAACAGGAGCGGGUGAUGCAACAGCAUCAGGUGCAAGUGCAACUGCAGCGUCAGCGCAACAAUUCCGUGGGCAGCAACACGCCCUCCAGCGCCUCCUCGACCAGCUCCAGCUCCGAACAGAAUUCCCCCGUGAGCACACGAAGCGGCAGCAGUCGUCGCCGCCUGCAGAGCAACAACGAAACCCAAAUGCCUUCAUCCACAACGACAGCAGCAGCGACAGCAGCAGCAACGCUUGCGCCGCCAGCCUGGAUACCCGAUGGCAAGGCGCCACGUUGCAUGGCCUGCCAGACGCCCUUCACUGCCUUCCGGCGCCGUCAUCACUGUCGCAACUGUGGCGGCGUCUUCUGUGGCGUCUGCUCGAAUGCCACCGCCCCACUGCCCAAAUACGGCCUCACCAAGGCAGUACGCGUCUGUCGCGACUGCUAUGUGCGGGAGGUCCAAGUCCGUUCCUCCUCCUCCGCCGCAAGCGUUGGCGUACAGAUGCAGAGCCAGGCGGGACGAGCGCAGACGGCGAGCGCCUCUUAGGACCGGCCAUUGGCGCUUUUCAGCGCAGCUGAGGACCAAAAAAUAAGUGACGCGAGUGGACAGGAGAUGGGAAAAGCAAACUGUGAAACGCAAUUGUUCUUCAAAAAUUGUUUUCUUUAUUUUAUACGUAAACCUAAACCUAAACCUAAACCCAAACCCAUGCACAAAGCGGCGGGGGCUUGCAUAAAUAGAUCGAUCAGUUAUACAUAUAUAUAUAAAUGACUAUAUAUAAUCAA